AUGGCGUCGUCCGAUGCGCGCGUUUGGGAGACGACGGUGGUGCCGGCGCACGCGCCCGCGCUGAUCGCGGCGACGGAGAAGGUGCGCGCGCCGUGCGUUAGUCCUGACGGGUCGCGCGUCGUGUACGAGGUCCAGCCGUUCUACCGCGCGGCGCGCACCACGUGUGCGCUGUGGCUCGCGGAGGUCUCGGCGUCGGCGUUGGCGGCGGGGGCGAGCGUGCCGCUGACGGCGGGGGAGUGGAACGAUCGCGGCGCGGCGUGGCUCCCCGACGGGCGGCGGGUGCUGUUCGUGUCGGAUCGUGCUGGCGGGGCGCCGGCGCUGUUCGCGAUGGACGUCGAUAGCGGGGAGAUUAGGGCCGUUUUCGAGGAGGGCGCGGACGUCGGGGCGGGCGUGCGCGCGUUCGCGGUCUCGCCGGACGGGCGGCGGGUUGCGUUCGCGAGCGCCGAUGCGCCUGGGGCGGAGGACGUGCGGAGGGGGAAAGAGCGGGACGACGCGCGGGUGUGGGGCGGGGAGGGGGAGGGGGAGGGGGGGCGGCGGGCGCGCGUGCGGGUUGGGGAGGUGGAGGGUGGGACGGUGCGCGUGCUGGAUGUUGGGCGGGGGAGGCACGUCGAGAGCGUCGCGUGGAGCCAGGACGGGGCGGCGCUCGUGUACAGGCUGCGGGCGGGCGGCGGUGCGGAGCACGCGGCGUUCGAGGUCGCGCUGGAGAUGGUCGCGCUGGACGCGCCGGCGCGCGCGGCGAGGCCUGUCGGGCUGGGGUCGUAUGUGCGCUCGCCGGCGGGGGCGACGCUGCUCGCGGCGACGGGGCACGUUCUCGAGCUGCAGAGCUACGAGCCCGAGCGGCUGCUCGACGCGCGGACGCUGUUCGUCCAUGCCCCUGCCGGCGGCGCGCGCGUGGGGUCGGUGUCUCCCGGCGACGACGUGGGCGCGGGCGCGCGCGCGGUGCAGAGGCUGUAUGGCGUCGCGGAGGACGCGGUGCGGCUCGUGGACCUCGGCGGGGACGCGGAGGCGGGGUGCGGGUACGUCGCGGUGGAGGUCUCCGCCGGGCUCGAGACGCGCAUCGACGUCGUGCGCGCGUCGUCGUCGGGCGCGGCGCGCACGGUGCAGACGGUCUUUCGGACGCGCGAGGACGCGGUGUGGUUCGGCGCGUGGGACGCGCGGCGCGUCGCCGGCGCGGACGGGCGCCCCGCCGAGUUCGUGUGCGCGGUCGUGCGGAGUUCGGGGCCGCGCCACGAGCCGCCGAAUCUGUACGUCUGUCGCGCGCGGGAGGGGGGCGGUGGGGAGGGCGGUGGUGUUGCGGUGAAGCUGUCGUCGCACCUGCGGUGGCUCGCGGAUGCGCCGUUGAUCCGCACUGAGGUGUGUGAGUGGACGGCGAGGGACGGCACGCGGCUGGAUGGGAUGGUGCGGUUUCCGCCUGGGUAUGUCGAUGGGCAGGGGACGCUGCUGCCGACCGUGCUGUUCAUCCACGGCGGGCCCUAUCGGUUUGUGGUUAACUGCUGUUGCGUGGAGGAUGUCGAGGCUGACGCAGCGCGGGGUCGCAGACGGGAUAUCCCCGAUUACAUGCCCUAUUUCUGUAAUUGGCGCGAGAUGCUAGCGUCGGCGGGGUACCUCGUCGUGUCUCCCAAUUACCGCGGCAGUCAAGGGAGGGGUCACGCGUUUGCGGCCGCGGCCAACGGGGGGAUCGGCGCGUUGGAUUGGGGGGACUGCGAGGGCAUGCUGGACGAGGUCGUCAAGCGGGGGUGGGCAGACCCGGAUCGACUCGGCGUGGCGGGAUGGAGUCACGGUGGCUCUUUGGCCGCGUGGGGGGUCUCCAAGACGAAGAAUCGGUUCAAGGCGGCGGUGGUCGGGGCCGGAGUGUCCAAUUGGGAGGGAAUGGUCAUGGAGUCUGCUUCGCCCGAACUCGAGAUCGCGAUCGGCCAGAGCGAUCCUUGGACCACAGGAGGUUCCGGUGCCGUCGAUGGCGGCACCGGGCACGGGUUUCGCAAGGCCAGCCCGGUGCAUGAUCUGCACGGCGUGACGACCGCGACGUUGAUCCUCCACGGCGAGCGGGACGAGCGGGUGCCUGUCGGGCAGGCCAUCGGCUUGUACAGAGGGCUGAAGAGGGUCGCCGCGCCGGAGGGCAGGGAGCGCGCGCAGCUGGUCUUGUACCCGCGGGAGCCGCACGGGUUCGUGGAGCGGAAGCAUGCGGAAGACGUGAUGCACAGGGUGCUCAAGCACUUUCAUACCUAUAUGUAA